ACUGAUGUUUGCAGACCAACUGACCAGCUCAGCGGUGUUCCCAGCGGUGAAGACCCACUCCAUCGCUAUUGUCCACGCCUCACCGAGCAUCAUCAGCACCCGUCUGGGGGCUCGUGUUGUGUUUGGGAAAUAUGAAAAACCAAAUCGUCCUUUCACGUCUACUGUGGAACCCUGGGAGAGAGCCGGGUACGAUCGUGAGGUACGCCACGCGCAACCACGCACUCGGUUAGGUUCCCGUUCGAUGAUUUCGAAAAAUCGCCACCAGUUCCCCAGUAGCCUCGAUCGAGUGCGCAUCGUAGAGUGCGGUUGUCUGGACGCGUAGUGUUUCGCGUUGCCCUAGAGCUCACUCGUUUCGCCCAGUUCGUUUGCUUCGGUUAAGGGGAGUGUACGUAUGGCGGGAAACAUCAGUAUGGCGGCCGAGGUACGCCUCACGAUCAACGGCCAGCUGUACAAGGUAAACGCGACCACCGUCCCGCUGGACACCUCGCUGAACACCUUCAUCCGCAACCACGCACAUCUGAAGGGUACCAAGUUUAUGUGCCGGGAGGGUGGCUGUGGCGCGUGCGUUGUCACCGUGUCCGGACUUCAUCCUGUCACGCGGGAACGUCGAUCGUGGGCAGCCAAUUCGUGUUUAGUAUCGGUGUUCUCCUGCCACGAGCUGGACAUACUCACGGUCGAAGGUAUCGGUGGGCGGAAGCAAGAGCCUUAUCAUCCCAUUCAACGGCGACUGGCAGAGUAUGGUGGGUCCCAGUGCGGGUACUGCUCACCCGGCAUGGUGAUGAGUAUGUACAGUUUGCUCGCGUCCCGCAAACGUGAUCAGUCGUUGGACGAGGACCCUGCUGCUACAUCGGAACCUGCGCUAACGGCCGCUCAGAUAGAGCAGGCAUUCGAUGGGAAUAUCUGUCGCUGUACCGGGUACCGAUCGAUACUGGACGCGUUUAAAUCGUUCGCUCAAGACCUGGAACCUCCGAUUGUGGACAUUGAAGAUCUGGUCGCUCCAAAGACUGCUACCUCGCACUGUCUCACAUUUGCGGAUGGCCGAAAGUGGUAUAAGGUGACGUCCGUUUCGGAAGCGUUCGAUGUGCUGCAGACGAUCACCAACAACGAGCUGUACACAUUCGUCGGUGGAAACACUGGCCACGGAGUUUACAGGCGGUCGGAUCGCUUAAAGUUUUUCAUAGACAUCAGCUCGAUAGCGGAACUGCACCGUCACACGUUCGAUCGCGAGCUAAUAGUUGGGGUGGGCGUAAGUUUAACGGAGCUUAUUGACCUGCUGGAGCAAACGGCGGAAGAGUAUCUUAGCUUCGCGUACUGUAUACCGAUGGCGAAGCAUGUCAGAAAGAUGGCCAAUCUACCGGUACGGAACAUCGGUACGAUUGCGGGAAAUCUAAUGCUCAAGCAUCAGCAUCCCGAAUUUCCGUCCGAUUUGUUUCUGCUGCUAGAAACCGUCGGAGCAAAGCUCACCGUUGUGUGCUCCGCUGACGGUGACGUGCUCACCGUGUCACCGCUAGACUUUCUCAAGCUCAACAUGCACAAGAAAAUGCUAACUACGGUCCGACUGCCACCGUACGAUCACGUCAGCACGACGCUUCGCUCCUACAAAAUAAUGCCCGUGGCACAGAACUCCCGGGCGUACGUUAAUGGUGCUUUCCUGUUGCAGCUCUGUCCCGACCGGAAGCUCUGCACCUCCAUCACCAUCUGCUUCGGUGGCAUUAAUCCUUCCUUCGUGCAUGCCCAGCAGACCGAGUCCUACCUGACCGGGAAGCCUCUGUUCGAGGAACUGAUCCUCUCCCAAGCGUUAAGGAUCCUCGAGCGUGAGCUAAAGCCGGACUGUGUACUGCCCGACGCAUCUCCAGCGUACAGAAAACAGCUUGCGCUCGCUCUACUGUACCGGUUUGCGCUCAGUGUCCAUCCUUCCAUCGGUCGUACGCUUCGCAGCGGGACCGAACCGAUCGAACGUCCGCUCGUGUCGUCCGGCCGGCAAACGUUCGACACGUACCAGAAGCGUUGGCCACUCACCCAAAGCAUCCCGAAGCUCGAAGCCCUAGCACAGUGCUCCGGCCAGGCCGUGUUCAUCAACGAUAUGCCCGUGCUGCCGAACGAGCUGCACGGUGCGCUAGUGCUCUCGAACGAAGUGCAGGGUCGCAUCGUAACGAUCGACGCGUCGGAAGCGCUAGCAGUGUCCGGUGUACGGGCGUUCUUCUGUGCCCAGGACAUUCCCGGGUUCAACAACUUUAUGCCACUGGAAAUGGGGUUUGCCGAGGUGGAGGAGAUAUUCUGCAGCGGUGAGGUACAGUUCGCGGGCCAGGUCGUCGGUCUGAUCUGUGCCGAAAGUUUCGAGCUGGCCAACCGGGCUGCGGCGAUGGUGCGGGUCGACUACAAACGGGCCGGCAACAGGAUCAUUCUGCCGACGGUGCAGGAUGUGGUGGAUGCGCUAGACUAUAGUCGCGUCAGUGAUCAACCGUACGAUCGGCACGGGAUCAGAUAUCAUUUGGCGAAGGAAGGCACACACACGGUCAGUGGACGGUUUGAUCUUCGCGGACAGUAUCAUGGGCCGAUGGAAACGCAAGUGUCCUUGUGCGUUCCGCACGCUGACUCGAUGGACGUGUACUGUGCGACUCAAUGGCUCGACCAUGUACAGAUCGCCGUUUCGCAGGCGCUGCAGGUUCGGGAAAGCAGCCUCAACCUCACCGUGCGGCGAAUCGGUGGUGCGUACGGUGCGAAGCUGACCCGCGCGACCCAAAUUGCGUGUGCCUGUGCGGUGGCAGCAUUCCGUACUGGUGUGCCGGUUCGAAUGAUCCUGCCGCUCGAGACGGCAAUGUCCGGUUCGGGGAAGCGCUGCGGAAGCGUCAGUGAGUAUGAGGUUUCGUUUGACGGUGCCGGGCGUAUUAGUCGCCUCUCGCACACCUUCAUACACGAUGCUGGAGCCACGCUGAACGUGAUGCUCGGUGGCGUAACAAGCGAUCUGUUCAAGAACUGCUACCGGACGGACUACUGGAAGUUGCGCACGAAGAUUGCGCGCACGGACUGUCCGCCGAACACGUGGGCACGGGCACCGGGCACAUCGGAGGGCAUAGCGAUGGUCGAGAACAUUAUGGAGCAUAUCGCGCACCGGACCGGGCUGGAUCCGGUGGACGUGCGGAUGGCAAACAUUUCGCGGGAGAAUAAGAUGCACACGUUGCUUCCUCGCUUCCGGCGGCAGGUUGAGUACGACGAACGGAAGCGUCAGAUUGGCCAGUUUAAUGAGGAGAAUCGGUGGCGGAAACGGGGCCUUGCGAUUAUGCCGAUGCAGUACCCGCUGGAGCUGAACUCGAUGAAAAAUGCCGUCGUUUCGGUGUACAGUGACGAUGGAAGUGUGUCGAUCACACACGGUGGCAUUGAGAUGGGGCAGGGUAUUAACACGAAGGUGGCCCAAGUGGCUGCCCAUCUGUUGGGUGUACCGGUGGAGAAGAUUGUCGUGCAGCCGUCCGAUAGCUUGUUGAAUGCUAACUCCAAUGCAUCCCAGCACACCCAGGCAACGGACGGUGUCGCGUUCGCCGUCAAACGAUGCUGUGAGAUUCUGCUCGAACGACUCCGACCCUAUCGGACGCUACUGCGGCGCACCAGCUGGGAGGAAAUGGUCCGUAAUGCCAGCCUGGAUGACGUGGAUCUGCAGGUAUCGUUCUUCGCUACACCGACUGACAUGCGCACCUACACCAUCUGGGGACUGGCGUGCGGUGAGAUCGAGCUGGAUGUCCUUACGGGGCAGGUGCUGGUGCGUCGCGUAGACAUUCUGGAGGAUGUGGGCGAAAGCCUUAAUCCCGGCAUUGAUGUGGGACAGAUCGAGGGUGCGUUCGUGAUGGGCUUGGGAUACUAUCUGACGGAAGCGCUCGUGUACGCUCCUAAAAAUGGUGCGCUCGUGAACAACCGUACCUGGAACUAUAAGGUGCCGGGCCAUCGGGAUAUCCCGGUCGACUUUCGGGUGUCGUUCUUGAGCAAGAGUUCCAAUGCGGGUGGUGUGCUGCGUUCGAAGGCUACCGGUGAACCGGCCUUUUCACUCAGUCCCGUGAUCGUGUACGCCGUCCGGAAUGCGUUGCGUGCGGCACGGCGCGAUGCCGGACUGCCGGACACGUGGUUGCACAUGGGUAGCGGCAUGACACCGGAGAAAAUAUUUGCUCUGCUGGAGAGUUCCAUUGAACAGUACAAAUAUGAAUGAAGGGCCGAUCAUAUUUACACUCUAUUUAUUUUGUAUUUUUAACUUCUUGGGAAGUAGUGCUGGUUUGAAUUAAAGUAAGAAACAGUUUUCCGGUUGCAAAACAUGCACAAAAUGUUGAGUUUUCAGUUCAAUUGCAAAUACAAUGCACAAGCAAAGAAAUUUUAAAUACCUGAAGGUGGGUUUUAAUAAAUAGCCUAGAGAUGACUGGAGAUGCUACGUAUUUAAUAGAAGAAAUUACACAAAAUCUGUACACCUGGCUUGCGCACGUUGCGGAAA